CGACAGUUGACAGCAUUUAACACCGCCACACCGACAGUUUUAUGACAGAUUUCCUCAGAGGACCGCACUCGACCAAAGUUGAUUGCAAGUUGCAGCUCCCGCAGCGUCCCGUCGUCUUCGGGUUUGCGUUGGCCCAGAUGAACCCGGAGGAGGACAGCAGCCUGUCGCUCAGCUGCGGCAACGGCAAACUCCGACAGUGGCUCGUCGACCAGAUCAACAGCAGGGGGUACCCCGGCUUGGUCUGGGAAAACGGCGAGAAGACCGUCUUCAGGAUCCCGUGGAAGCACGCGGGCAAGCAAGACUACAACAGGGAGGAAGAUGCUGCGCUCUUCAAGGCCUGGGCGAUGUUCAAGGGGAAAUACAAGGAAGGUGUGGACAAGCCAGACCCCCCUACGUGGAAGACCAGACUACGAUGUGCCCUCAAUAAAAGCAAUGACUUUGACGAGUUGGUGGACAGAAGCCAGUUGGACAUCUCCGAACCCUACAAAGUGUACAGAAUCAUACCAGAGGGCGCAAAAAAAGGGAUCAAGAUGGUCAACAUAGAGGACACGAUAUUACACGUCAACUCUCUCAGUUGCUUUUCUCCCUACUCGUCUCUGCACAACCAGGUACCGGGCUACAUGGUGUCCCAGGACAAGCGGGAGUGGCGGGACUACAGCCAGGCCGAACAGCAGCAGCCCCCCCUCCUCCCUCCUCCUCCUCCUCCGCACCACCACGCCGGAGAGCUGCAGUACGGCCACUUCCCGUCGCCGCUCAGCCGGACCUGGCACGGCCUGCACGCGGAGAACGGUUUCCAGGUCACUGCAUCCUUCUAUACAUACUCCUCAGAGUCCCAACCAGCCUUAUUUGCAAUGGACCACAACAAUGCCAUAUCUGACUUCAGCCUCCAUGUUUCCCUUUUCUACAGAGAGUCCUUGGUGAAGGAGGUCACCACCUCUAGUCUGGAUGGUUGUUGCAUUACCUCCUCUUCCUCCUCCUCUCCUUCAUCGUCCUCCUCCUCCCCGUGCCAGGAGGAACGGCUGUAUGGGGCAGAAAUCAUCCUCUUCCCGUGCCCUUACCCAGAGUCUCAGAGGCAGGGCGCCGAGAACCUUCCCAACAUCCUGGAGAAGGGCGUGCUUCUGUGGAUGGCUCCUGAUGGGCUGUACGCUAAGCGCCUGUGCCAGGGACGAGUGUACUGGGAAGGACCGCUGGCACCCUAUACGGACAAACCCAACAAACUGGACAAAGACAAGACGUGCAAGCUGUUUGACACUCAGCAGUUCCUAAUUGAGCUACAGGACUCUGUCCAUCAUGGCUGUCGCAUACCAAGGCACCAGGUGGUACUGUGUUUUGGAGAUGAGUACCCUGACCCACAGCGCCAAAGGAAGAUGAUUACAGCGCAGGUGGAGCCCGUGUUCGCCAAAAAGCUGGUGCACCACUACCAUCUUCAGAGCACUGGCCACUACCUGCAGGGUUACGAUCACAUCCAGGAGCCCAACGGCGCCCCGUUAGGCAACUACCCUACCCAGAAACCCCUGCAGCACAUUCAGGAGUGA